AUGCUACUCAGCGUUCAUGGACGGAGGGAGGAUGACGCGUUGCGCGUUGGCUCCGUCAAGACAAACAUUGGCCAUACCGAAGCAACGAGCGGACUGGCUAGUGUUAUUAAGGUCGUGAUGGCUAUGGAAAAAGGUGUGCUUCCACCCUCAAUCAACUUCGAGAAGCCCAAUUCCCAGUUCGAUUUGGAUCAUUGGCGACUCAAGGUGCCUACCGAGUUGAAAAAGCGGCCAGUGGCUCCUGGCCAGACGAUGCGAGCGUCAGUGAACAAUUUCGGCUACGGAGGCUCCAACGCCCACGUCAUUAUGGAAGAUGCCAACAGACUCUCACAGAACCGCUCUGUCAAUGGGAAAGUCAUUGAUGGCGUUAAUAAAAUUAUUAAUGGUGUUGACGCUCAUGCCACUGGGACCACUGGCGACAAGCAUAAGCUUCUUAUAGUCAGCGCCAAAGACGACCAUGCGCACGAGAACAUGGUCGCCAGACUCGCGGAAUUCCUUCGUCAGAAGGAACCAUCGCGCUCUGCCCAACGCCCACGUAUCGGCAUGGUCUUCACUGGCCAAGGAGCGCAAUCGCACGCCUUGGGUAGAAAAUUAAUUACAGCGUACCCUGUGUACAAAGCAUCUCUCGAGGAAGCCGAUGGCUAUCUGCGGGACCUCGGCGCCAGUUGGUCGCUAAUGGAGGAGCUUGGCCGUGAUAUCGAGGCAAGCAAAGUAAACAUGACGGCCUUUAGCAUCCCCAUUUGUGCCGCGGUGCAGAUCGCCCUGGUCCGACUGUUAGAGACCUGGGGAAUUAAACCGUCAGCUGUAACAAGCCACUCGAGUGGAGAGAUUGCCGCAACAUACACGGUAGGCGCCAUCAGCCUCCGCCUCGCCAUGGGAAUCGCGUACUAUCGGAGCAGACUAGCCGCCGAGGUGACCCUGAAUAGGCCUAUCAAGGGCAGCAUGCUGGCGGUUGGCCUUGGUCAUCUGGACGUGGAACAAGACCUUGAGCGGCUUACUGGCGAUGCUCGAGCUGUGGUGGCCUGCAUCAACAGCCCGUCUAGCACGACGGUGGCGGGCAAAAUUGCGGCGAUUGAGGAGCUUGAGACGUUGCUCACAGCUGAGGACGUAUUUGCUCGCCGACUUCGAGUAGAUACUGCGUACUACUCCCACCACAUGGAGCCCGUUGCGGAGAGCUACCGCCAGGCGCUCUGCAAGAUGCCGACGGACGAACCAAAGACUAAGCGUCAAACAUGCAUCGCUUUUGCAUCCCCGGUUGGCAGUCUAAUGCAGCCCGUCCAGUUUGUUGACGCAUUUAUCGAGAUGGUCCAGGGCGAUUUGUCUGUCGACGCAGCUAGCCACAGCGUGGAUAUCAUUGUCGAGAUUGGCCCGCACACCGCUCUCGGAGGUCCCAUCCAGGAGAUUCUCACCCUGGAAGACUUUGAGGGAAUCAAGCUGCCAUACUAUGGUAGUCUCGUGCGGCACGCUCACGCGGUCGAGAGCCUCCAGAUACUGGCGUCGAACUUACUCAAGGAGGGCUAUGCGCUCGACAUCGAAGCCGCCAACUUCCCACAAGGGAGGAGCCAGAACAGGGAUCAUCCUCCACACGAGCUCCGAGGCUCGCUGGUCCCUGGAACCAACCCCGAAACGCCGGUAUGGCGACACAUACUACGUGCUACCGAGCCGCCUUGGGUUCAAGACCACGUCAUCCAAUCCAAGAUGCUCUAUCCCGGCUGUGAGUUUAUCUGCUUGGCUGUCGAAGCCGCCAUGCAACAGCUAGAAAUCGCCGAGGAACAGGAGGACUGUGAGAUAUCUGGUUACCAGAAUCCGGGACAUGAGCGUGCGCAGGCACUCGUCAUUCCAGACACAGCUGGAGGCAUUGAAAUUCAAACAGCUCUCCGUCUGGUCAGUGACAAGGCCAUUGGCCUGCAGGACUGGAAGGAGUUUGGGUUGAGGUCUUUUCAAUUACUUGAGGUCUUUUCAAUCACUUCAGAGAACAGAUGGAUGCGACAUGCACAGGGUCUCGUCAUGGUUGAGUUCAACAACGUCCAAAACGGCGUCUCCUCUUUAGACCAAGAAAUACAAAAUACGCGAAAAAUCGAUCCUAUUGAGAUGUGGAGUACUCUGGAGCCUCUCGGCAUCAAGUACGGUCCGAUUUUCAGAAAUAUUAGCGACAUCCAUGUGAACCUUAUCGGCUUUGAAAUGAUGCAAACACCCUAG